GUCCUUAAUCAGAUUUGUCUCAAUGGUGAGGCAGCGGUUUACUUCACCAGCAGGUACAUCCUCGGCACCCGGGUCACCAGCUAUGGAUCCACCCCAUCGUAAACGACCAGCGUCUCCGAUAUCGAUUCCUGUUCUACAGUCUCCCAAAAAGAAGCGACGAGCCAAAACAGAAAAAUCUGACCUUGAUAUUUGGGACGAGAACGACAAUGACAUCAUUGAGGCAUCGAAAGCACGCUGGACUUCAGCAGUCUAUGAUCACUACGAGACGUCGCUCAGGCUCCAUAGCAAAAGCUGCCCUUCAAAUCGUCGGCAAAUACUAUGCCCUGACGGAUGACAAUGAGGUCUACAGGAUUACCGUCGUGAUGUGUCCCGACAGAAAACCUAAGUGGUUCCACCGGAACCUUGACUGGCUCGACGAUGACCGUGCAGAGGUUAAACGAGUUGUUUGUCAGCGGUGGACUGAGUCUUGUGCGUUAUCGAGAAGCUUGCGGAUGUGCACCUAUGCAAAGAUGGCACUGGGCCUACUGUCUUCUGCAUCAAAAGUACGUAUUGUUUCACUUCGGGUCUUAUAUCAUGCUCAGCCGCCAUCUAUGCAGAUAAUUCUCGCUCAAACAGAUCGCGACCAAGGGAUACUCCGGCUUCUCGAGAAGUUAGGCCAAGUCUACGAUUUCAUGAUGCAAGACAAGACUCUUGGCGGAAUUCCGUCGAUGCAGGGGAUCGUCGGACGAAUAGUUCAGCAGACUUUUGAAUGCUCCCAGUUUAUCAAGGAUUACUCUGCGACAAAAAGCUUCUGGAAGAGACUUGGGAAAAACGUUAUCUCGGAGCAGAAAAUACGACUCAGUAGUACAUCGAUAUGUUAGACGCGGUCAUGCAAAGCUUCCGGGACCAAGUCACUCGCGAUGUAGAGAUAUUCGUCCACCGUACAGGCGAUACACUGGACCUCAGUGGCAUGGCGUAUG